AUGGCGCCCCUGGUCGAAAAUGCGCAGAUUAAGCACGCGCAGCUGCUGAAUCCGCUUCCUUUUCAAUUCCGCGCAUACAUCUGGCCCUUUGCCAUUGUCUGGCCCAUUUUCCUUCGAUAUUUUCUGACGCCCGAGCUCUACGAGAAACACAUCGGCGCGCCGGAAUGGACUUUUGUUUGGGUCGGCUCUAUCGUCACAGUUCAGUCUCUGGUUUGGCUGAGCACUCAUUGGAGCGUCAACCUUGAUUCCAUCUUCACUGCCAAGUCUGCCAAGUCCGUUGAAGAUGCUCGGCUCAUCAAGGUUAUUCCCAUCGCCAACGCCGGCUCAGCCGAAAUCUGCAAGCUGGUUCGCGACAAGGCUGGCGGAAAGACCAACACCUCGUUCCUCUUCCAGAAACGCCGCUUCUUGUACAAACCCGAAACCAAUUCCUUCGAUACCCUCAAGUACGCAAUCGACUCCGAGCCCAAGCCCCUCAUUCGGGACUUUCAGUCGUCCCGCGGAAUUGACAAGAAGUCGGAGCUGUCGCGCAUGGAACAUCACUAUGGCACCAACACUUUCGAUAUCCCUGUCCCGACCUUCACUGAGCUGUUCAAAGACCAUGCUGUCGCGCCGUUCUUUGUCUUCCAAAUCUUCUGCGUUGGUCUAUGGAUGCUCGACGACUACUGGUACUACUCGCUUUUCACCCUGUUCAUGCUUGUCGCCUUUGAAAGCACUGUUGUUUGGCAGCGCCAGCGCACUCUGACCGAAUUCCGAGGAAUGAGCAUCAAGCCCUACGAUAUGUGGGUGUACCGUCUUGGCACCUGGACCGAGAUCCUGAGCGAUGCUCUCCUCCCAGGCGACCUGGUUUCCGUUACCCGUACCAAGGACGACAGUGGCGUUGCAUGUGACAUGAUUCUUGUUGAGGGCACCGCCAUCGUCAACGAGGCUAUGCUCUCGGGUGAGAGUACCCCUCUCCUCAAAGACUCGGUCCAGCUUCGCCCGGCCGAUGUGACACUUGAUGCCGAGGGCCUUGACAAGAAUGCCUUUCUCUGGGGAGGCACAAAGGUUCUCCAGGUUACCCAUGGGACCGCCGACCAAGAGAAGCCCGUUCUGUCUUCAGGAGUUCCUCCCCCGCCUGACAAUGGUGCUAUGGCUAUUGUGACCAAGACCGGUUUUGAGACUUCUCAGGGCAGCCUUGUCCGCACUAUGAUCUACUCUACCGAGCAUGUCUCUGCUAAUAACGUUGAGGCUUUGCUUUUCAUCUUGUUCCUCCUUAUUUUCGCCAUUGCCGCUUCCUGGUAUGUCUGGGACGAAGGUGUGCGCAAGGACCGCAAGCGUUCGAAGCUUCUUCUUGACUGUAUCUUGAUUGUCACCAGUGUCGUCCCCCCUGAGCUGCCCAUGGAGCUUAGUCUCGCUGUCAACACCAGUUUGGCCGCUUUGGCUAAGCUGGCUAUUUUCUGCACUGAGCCCUUCCGUAUUCCCUAUGCAGGCCGCGUCGAUGUUGCUUGUUUUGACAAGACUGGAACUCUUACUGGCGAAGACCUCGUCGUUGAGGGUAUUGCCGGACUCGGUUUGAAUCACACUGAUGUUGAAGACAAGAAGGAAUCCGACGGUGCCCACUCGACCAUAACUUCCGUCAAAGGCGCAAGCAUGGAAACCCAGCUGGUUUUGGCCACUGCUCAUGCCCUGGUCAAGCUCGACGAAGGAGACAUUGUCGGCGACCCCAUGGAAAAGGCCACUCUUGCUUCCCUCGGUUGGACUCUCGGGCGCAAGGAUGUUCUCUCGAGCACUGACAAGGCCGAGGGUACCGUCGGCAACGUUCAAAUCAAACGUCGUUUCCAAUUCUCCUCUGCUCUGAAGCGUCAGAGUUCCAUUGCCAUGGUCAACGGGACCAACACCAAGACUGGCGAGAAGCUCAAGGGCACCUUCGCCGGUGUCAAGGGAGCCCCCGAGACCAUCAUGAAGAUGCUUGCUGAAGUCCCUGCUGAUUACGAGGAGACCUACAAGUACUUCACCCGCAAAGGCUCCCGCGUUUUAGCUCUAGCUUAUAAGCAGCUCACUGUCGACUCUGAACUUGGUGCCGCCAAAAUCAACGAUCUGAAGCGCGAGAAGGUCGAGGCCGAACUGACAUUUGCUGGUUUCUUGAUCCUCCACUGCCCGCUCAAGGAAGAUGCCAAGGAGGCGGUCCAGAUGCUCAACGAGAGCAGCCACCGUGUUGUCAUGAUUACCGGCGACAAUCCUCUUACUGCUGUACACGUCGCUCGUGAAGUCGAGAUUGUUGACCGCGAUGUUCUCAUCUUGGACGCUCCCGAGGAUGACAAGGGCGCCGAGCACCUCGUCUGGCGCAGCGUUGAUGACCUGAUUACUAUUUCUGUCGAUCCCACCAAGCCUAUUGAUCCCAAGAUUGUCAAGGACAACGAUCUUUGCGUGACUGGAUAUGCUCUUGCUAAGCUGCAAGGCCAGCCUGGAUGGAACACUAUUAUUCGUCACGCUUGGGUUUACGCUCGUGUCUCGCCCAAGCAGAAGGAAGACAUUCUGCUCAGCCUCAAGGAUAUGGGAUACUACACACUAAUGGCCGGUGAUGGCACCAACGACGUUGGUGCUCUCAAGCAGGCUCACAUUGGUAUUGCUCUUCUCAACGGCACCAAGGACGAUCUGAACCGCAUUGCGGAUCACGCUCGCAACACUCGCCUCAAAGACAUGUACCAGAAGCAGUGCGAUCUCAUGAAGCGUUUCAACCAGGCCCAGCCUCCCGCCCCUAUCCUGAUUGCCCAUCUGUACCCCCCCGGUCCUGCCAACCCCCACUACCAGAAGGCUGUUGAGCGGGAGGCGGAGAAGAAGGGUAUUUCUGCUGAGGAAUAUGUCAAGGCUGCUGGUCACCCCAUUGAGACCAUUACCUCGCCCGCCGCCCAACAGUUGAUCAACUCGAACGACCCUCGUUCUGCUCGUCAAGCCGCUGCUCAAGCCAAGGCCGCCAGCUUCGCCGACAAGCUCUCUUCCGGGAUGAUGGAGGCCGAACUUGGCGAUGACGAGCCGCCCACGCUGAAGCUUGGUGACGCCUCUGUUGCCGCCCCCUUCACGUCCAAGCUCCGCGACGUCAUUGCCAUUCCCAACAUUAUCCGUCAGGGCCGCUGCACGCUGGUUGCCACGAUCCAGAUGUACAAGAUUCUCGCGCUCAACUGUCUCAUCUCUGCUUACUCCCUGUCCGUCCUAUACCUUGAGGGUAUCAAGUUUGGCGACACGCAGUACACCAUCAGCGGUAUGCUCAUGUCCGUCUGCUUCCUCAGCAUCUCGCGUGCCAAGGUGGUCGAAGGUCUGAGCAAGGAGCGUCCCCAGCCCAACAUCUUCAACGUCUACAUUAUCGGAUCCAUCCUCGGCCAAUUUGCGGUGCACAUUGUCACGCUCAUCUACGUGGCGCGCCUCUCGGAAAAGAUCUCGCCGCGCUCCGACGAUGUCGACCUCGAGGCCGAAUUUGAGCCGUCGCUGCUCAAUUCGGCCAUCUACCUGCUGCAGCUCGUGCAGCAGGUCUCGACCUUUGCCAUCAACUACCAGGGCCGUCCCUUCCGCGAGGCCCUCACCGAGAACAAGGCCAUGUUCUACGGCAUCGUCGGCGUGUCCGGCCUCGCCUUUGUCUGCGCCAUGGAGCUCAUCCCCGAGAUCAACGAGAGCAUCAAGCUCGUGCCCUUUACCGACGAGUUCAAGCUCAAGAUGACGGUCGUCAUGGGCCUCGACUUUGUCGUAUGCUGGGUCAUCGAGGUCGUUCUCAAGUCCCUCUUCAGCGACUACCGCCCGCGCGACAUUGCCGAGCGCCGCCCCGAGCAGCUCGCGCGCGAGGCCGCCCGCAAAAAGGUCCUGGCCGACGCCAAGGCCGUCGAGGAGGAGCAGAAGCGCCUCGAAAAGGUGGCCGAGUUUGAGCGCAAGGUGGAGGAGCGCAAGAGGCAGCUGCAGGACUGGCGCGCGGGUCGUCAGCGCCAGUGA